AUGACUCAGUCUCGUCUAUGUCAAAAUUUUAGUUCUUUGCGCCAACAGCAAGGCCCCCAUAAACAGGAGAAAUGCGGCUGCUGUCAACUAGUCAAGAAUAGUGAUCCUUCACAACGCCAAAAGAAUGCAAUGUCCCUCGAAGAAAAGAUCUAUUUUACAGAACGGAAAAAAGAUCUCGAAGUUCUGAAGGAAUUCAAGCCAGAAUCUCUUAGCAGAAGCGGCCUUGAUGCGGCAUUUCGUGCACACAUGUUUGGUUGGAUGAUUAGGGUUCACUUAUACAUAAAUAUUCCAACAGAGAUCUUGCAUCUUGCAACAACCUAUGUGGAUCGCUAUAUUUGGCGUACAAGAACAGGACCUGGGGAAUGCCAUUUGCUCGCAGCUGCGGCUCUCUGGGUGGCUGUGAAGACAUCAACUUCGCAGAUGCGUAUAAAGGCUGAAUUUCUGUGCGAUUUGUCCAAAAACAGCUACACUAAAGAGCAGCUCUUAUUCAUGGAGCAGAACCUGUUGACAAUCCUUGAUUUCGACGUUAUUUGUCCGACUCCAUACACCUAUCUCGAGAUAUUCUUGAAAAUUUGCAACGACAUUCCACCCUAUUGCACGAGAUUGGUGAAUUCGGCAUGUUCAUAUAUUCUUGAUUUGGGUCUGACGGAGUACGAACUAACGCGGUUUCCAGCUUUCCUCCGUUGUUCGGCCGCAAUUUACCUUGUUCGCCGCAUUCUACGAGUCAACGGCGGUAUUUUACACGGGGCAAGCGUGAGCCUUUUUAAGGAGAAUGUCCAUGAGUUCAGCCUUUUACCUCUUUGGCCAAAGGCGUUAGAGACACUUACCGGUUAUUCAGAGGAAAGCAGCCUUUCCUCGGUUGCUUUUAUUUACGGUACACUGGUGCAAAAAGCCAAGGAAUUUGUAAUCCCAAAUGCAAAAUAUCCAACAGAGCUAUUGCCUAUUUUUGAAAAAUACACUGCAAGAGACAACAAUCAGAUAGCGAUUCACCCAAUUAUGAUAAACUUCGACUUAAAAAUCAUCUUUGAAGAUUUAUUGCAAAGAAACAAUCAGCCCAUCUGCGGAGGAAAGCGUAGGAGGUAA